AUGCUUAGCAUUGAUCUUGGUAUAUCUAAUAUAAUUGUCUGCACAGUUGCAGGUAAUAGAAUAGGAAUGAAUGAUAUACAAUACCUCCCAUCCUAUGUUAUGAUUGGAGAAGAUGGUUCAGUAACAUGUGGAGCUGCCGCUAAAGAUAAGAUUGCUUACAAUCCUUCAAGAGUAAUUUUCGGAGCUAAACGUUUGAUCGGUCAUAAAUAUCACGAUCGUUCAGUUCAAGAACUUUUGGAGAAUGUUGAUUUCGAAAUUCAGGCUUACGAAGAUGAUAACCCAAUAAUUGUAGUUGAUGGCAAGAAAUACAUGCCUGAAGAAAUCAUCAGUUUCUUGUUAGAACAUGUAAAGGAAACAUGCAAGAACACUGCAGGAAAUGUAAUUGCAGACUGUGUCAGUACAGUUCCUGCUAACUUCAACGACGCACAACGAAAUGCUACCAUAGCUGCUGCAAGAAUGGCUAACUUAAAUGUCCACAAGUUGCUCAGCGAGCCAACAGCUGCCGCCAUCGCCUACUGCAGCUUCGAACGAAGGAAUCAAAUCCAUUUGUUAGUUUUCGACUUUGGUGCUAGUAAACUCGAUGUUUCAAUCGUUUACGUUGAUGGCCAAGUAUUCAAUGUCAAGGCUAUCGCUACUAACUCAAACUUAGGAGGCGCAAAUAUAGAUAAUAUCAUCGUUGAUUAUUGCAUUGAACAAUUCAAGAAGAAUCACUCCGAUUUUAAUCCAAAGGAUCCAAAAAACAGAAAUGUCAUGGCAUGUCUGCUUAAAGCAGCUGAAGAAGCAAAGAUGGUACUUAGUUCCCUAUAUGUGACAGAUUUUACCAUUCCAAAUUUUUAUGAUUGUGAAGUUUUGGAUGUCAAACUUAGAAGAAAUACGUUCCACAACUUGAUUGAACCGAUUCUUGACGAAAUCCCAAUUCAAAUUCAUUCUGCCCUCAAAGCAGCUGGUCUCAAACCACAUGACAUCGAUGAUUUAUUGCUUGUCGGUGGUUCCAGCCUGAUCCCGGAUGUUAAAGAGAAAAUUGAAGAAAUCUUCCCAGAAAAGAUCCACUCCAUCUUACAACCAUUUGAAGCUAUAUCUCGUGGUGCAGCCACAAUUUGCUGGUUGUUCUUGAAUAAUCAAAUCCCAAACUUCGAUGUUAUCAGAGAAAAUAUCGGCCAAAUAGUUGAGUCACCAUGA